UACCCGGAUGUUGUUUACAAACAACAGCUGCAGUGACAUGUGACUCAAAAUUGGUUUCAUAACGUUUGCAUAACUUAUUGACCAGGCCCUGUCAGAGAUUGUAGAGGUCUGUCUUGACAAGACGAAGCGGUGCAUCGAUUUACCGAAAACAAGAGGGAUUACCGAAAACAAAGAAAAAAGCUGCAGAACGGGAAGAAAAAAAUCCGAUAGAUCUGACGCAAAGAUGCCAAAGAAAGUCCUAGUGGUGGGGUCAGGAGCCGCGGGAACAGCUGCUGCAUUCAGUCUGUCACGGUGUCCGGAGAAAUUCGAUGUGCAGGUCUGGGAAAAAGCGAGUGUGCCAGGAGGAGUUGCCUGUUCCUCGGAAAUUAAAGGAGGAGUUGUUAUCAAUGAUGGAGUACAAGGAGGAUGCCCGACAUACAGAAAUGUGCUGAACAUCAUGAGGGAGUUCAACCUGCAAACAAGUCCAGUGCACAUGACCAUUUCAUUUGGCAAAGGAAAAUCUGCUUGGACUAACUAUGCUCCAUCAGACUUAACUGAAAACCUGCGGGAUGACAUUGCUAGAUUCGAGAAAGUUCUCAAAAUUAUCAACAAGUUUGAGGCCAUUUUCAUUUUCCUGCCCAUUGCUAAAGUUCUGAAAUGGUACGGCUUCUCGGAGGACUUCUGCAAUUACAUGGUUUUUCCCCUCACCGCCCUGUUUUUUGGAACAGGAAACCAGACUCCCUAUGUGUCAUCAGCCAUCAUGGCUCGUGUUUUUCUCGAUGAUGAUCUCAGACUGUUUGACUAUGAUUCCAAAAGACUUUUGAGUCAAACACCAGAAAUGUUUGCUUUUCCCAAACUUCAAGAUAUGUACAAAAAAAUAAUGGAUAACUGUGGUGUGCAUUUCCAUGGCAACAGGAGUGUUUCAAAAGUGAGCAGAUGCCCUGGGAAAGUCACGGUAACAGAUCACAGUGGAAAAGUAGAGGAAUUCGAUGACAUCAUAUUUGCGUGUGAUGCUGAAACUGCCCUAAAAGUCUUGGAGAAUCCAACAUUUAUGGAACGAAAAGCUCUAGGAAAUGUCAGAUAUUUCAAUGAUCUGAUAAUAACUCAUGAGGAUGAAGAUUACAUGAAAAAAUACUAUGAACUGCACAAAGACAUUGAUCAGUAUUUCAUUCACAUCGAUGAAAAGGACCCAGAAAAGAUAGAAAUGUCUUUCAACUUGACAAAUUAUCAACCACACUUGAAAGGAAAAAAUCAAAAUAUUUACCAAACAAUUUAUCUAAAUGACAAACUUCGAUCCAUUUGGACAGAAAAAGACCUCAAUCCAGACAAGGUCCUCCUGAGGCGUUGGUGGCGACAGUUUGCCCACAGCUGGCAUCAUUACGCCUUUGUGGUACCUCUUGUUAGAUACAUACAAGGCAAACAAAAUACUUGGUACUGUGGAGCUUACACCCUCAUCAACACUCACGAGAUUGCCACAAUAUCUGGACUGUCUGCUGCUCAUCGCCUGGGGGCACCUUAUCCAUUUCCUGAUGACAAACUCGCUGCCAAACAGUUUGACCAGUAUCUGCUGGUUAUUCAUGGUCAGUCCAGGCAAUUUGGUCUGAAUAAAACUACCAUUCUCAGCUUUGCAAUGGCCCCAUUUAUGCUACUCUUUGCUGGUCUAUCUCUGCUUGUAAACUUCUUGCACACCACAUUUUUUGCCUGAAGUGAUGAUAGUGAUCUUUAUGGGAGACUGUCAAAUACCUCUGAAUCUUAAUGUUUCCAUUUUUGUAUAGAUUUUCCAUAUAUACAUGUACUGUACAUCUGAGGACUUUAUAUCACAUGAUAAAAGAUCUAUAAUACUCUUGACGGCAGGCCGCAGAGUGAUGUCAAGUUGGUCUGGACAAGUUGGAGGUUGUAGGUUCCUUCUGCUACCUCGAAGACAUGCUUUCUGCAGCAGGUGGCUAUGACCUUGCAACCACUACGCGUGUGAAGACCGCUUGUAAGAAGUUGAAGGAGCUGCUACCAGUCCCGACAUCAUGCCACCUGUCAAACAAGACCUGUGGUCGAGUGUAUAGCACUUGUGUACGGAGAACUAUGCUCCAUGCCAGCGAGACCUGGGCACUGACCAAGCCAAAUCUUCAUCGCCUACAGCACAAUGACAGGGUCAUGAAAAGACAGAUCUACAACACCAAGCCUGAAGAUAUGGCCUCUAUAGGUUCAAUCGAAUUGCUGGGGCGGCUUGGUCUCAGUGACCUCAACCUCAUCUUAAGGGAAAGGAGACUCCGCUGGUAUGGCCACGUCAUCAGAUCCAGCAGUGCAGUCAAGUGUGCUCUCAAUAUACAAGUUCCUGGUAAGCGUAGAGUUGGUUGGCCAAUGCUAUCAUGGAGAGAGCUGACGGAGAAAGAUCGAAGAGAAUAGAAGCUCUCUACUGCCGAGCCUAAUGACCGAAAAAAAAUGGAUAUCUGAGGCGAGAUCUGCCAUGCGUGCAGCCAGCCAGAUAUCUGGACAAAACCUGUACAUUUGCACGUAAAUAAAAAGGAACCGACAGCAAUACUUCA